AUUACAACAUUUCAGUGUACCAAAGCAAACAAUGACAAUGAUGAGGGCUUUUUUUACUUCAGGAAUAACAUGGUUCCAGAAAAAGCAACCAAAUACAGCAUCCAAUGUAUAUUUACAAUUGAUGAAACCAGUGUUCUUCGCAGUAAAGAGAUUAUAGUUGAUGUGGUGCCAAACAAACCAGCACUGUUGAAGCCACAAACUUUGCCAAAGACCCCUGCUGUUUUUAAUGUUCAGAAUGUUGACAGUCGGACCAUUGUCAAGAACCUGACUCUCAUUGUAACGGAUGAAUACAAAAACCGUACAGGAAGUGAUUUAGAUGGGAAAAUUGUAGCAAAAAUCAAAAGUUCAACUGAGAACGACCUUGAUAGUCCCCUGUUUAUGGGUGAAACAAGUACAGUUGAAUUUCCUUUUCACAAAGGAAUUGUUGAAAUUGAGGCUCUUGUGCUAGCAGAAAAUAGUCCAGGAAGAAAUAAAACCGAGUAUACUCUUGUAUUGGAGCCAGUCAUACCUGCUUGGAAACAUUUGCAACCUUAUUUUUUAACCUUUAUGUUUUAUAAUGAUUAUAAGGUUCAACAGCAGAUGUCAAAUCUUACUCAAGAGAGAGACUGCCUUUCACAGUCAAUAAAAACAUAUAGAGAUUGGUUUGAUGCUAAGGAUCAGCUUAUUGCUGAAACAAAACAUUCCUCAAUAAACCUUAAGCAGGCUGAGCAGGAAAGAAUAUUGAAACAACCUAGAAGAAUAUGCACACUUAGCAAUUAUUCCAGACGUAAUCAGUAUAUUUUGGGCAAGGUUUCACACUUAGCACAAAUUGAAGAUGACGAAGUAGCAAAGGUCGUUUCCUGGCAUUUAGCAAAUGAUAUGGAUUGUAUAGUCACUUUGACAACAGCUGCUGCACGGCGUAUUUUUGAUGAGACUAAAGGUACACAACAAGUAUUGCCUCUUGAUUCUAUUUAUAAGAAGAGUCUUCCAGAUUGGAACAGACCUUUACCUCAUUUGAACAAUGAAGGAAACUCUUUCAGUCCUAUUGGAAAUCCUGUAUUUGCUAGGAACUUGCUAAUAUUUCCAGAGCACAAGGAGCAUUGCCAAAUAGUGUUUGGGAUGCUCUUGGGUAAUACAAUUAUUAUUGACAACCUGGAAGCUGCCAAUCAUUACAGAAAAGAGGUUGUGAAAAUGACAUAUUGUCCAACUUUAUUAACAAGAGAGGGGGACAGAAUUAGCAGUAAAGGAAAGUUUGGAGGCCUUCAGAAUAGAGCCCCUCCUAUAGAGAGUCUUCAGGAGAAGGUUUUUGGAGCACCUCUGCCACCGGAUUACAAUAUUGUCUCCCUACAGAUAG